AAUUAGAGCCACAGACAAAGGCAGAAGGAUCUAAUAAGACAUUUAUAUAAAAAAAUUGUUUGAUAAACUAAAUACUAAAUGGAAAAUGAGGGUACAUGAUCAACGGCUGAGAUUUGAUGUCACACCCAAGCCAAUGGGUUUGACCGGAAGUUCAUUGAUCACGGCAAGAUCCGUCGCAGUUCUUCUCUUUCUCUCUCUGUGUCUUCUGAUUCUUCCACCGUUCCUUCCGCCGCUUCCACCGCCUCCGGCGACGCUCCUCCUCCUCCCUCUCCUCCUCAUGAUUCUCCUCAUUUUCUUGGCUUUUUCUCCUUCUAAUGAGCCUAACCUCACCGUAGAUUCUCUCGACCCCUGAUAUCGCCGACUUGCGCACCGUCCGUACAUUACAUAUAUGUAUAGGUGUGUCUAUAGAUGCGUAUGUAAGCAGCUUUUAGUUUCGUGCAAGUACGAUCAUCUCAUGUGAUAGAUCUCUGAGUUUUCCUUCCAAAACUAGCUUUCAAUUACAUUUCUCUGAUUUUUUUGUUCCUUUUUUUUUUUUUAAUUAAUGUUGAUUUCGUUUGUAGGUUCAUUCUUAUUUUGUAAAAGAAUCUUGUUUAUCAGCGCCUCACUUUGAAUUGUAGAAGAAUAUUUUUGAAAUUAAAUA